AUGUCUCCCUCCGCCGUCAAGGCCCAGGACGUCAACCUCACGGCCGCCGCCGUCGAGCGCAAGGAGGCCGCCGCUGCCGCCGAGACGACCCCCGUCCUCGCCCAGCUCGACGCCUCCCGCCUGACUUACACCUACACCCAGAACCCGCGCGCCGUCCCCGACGAGGCCGUCGCCAACGCCGGCACCGAGACCAUCGCCACCGACCACAUGGUCCUCGCCUCCUGGUCCGCCGCCUCCGGCUGGUCCGCGCCGGAGCUCAAGCCCUACGGCCCGCUCAGCCUCAUGCCCACCGCCUCCUGCCUGCACUACGCCACCGAGUGCUUCGAGGGCCUCAAGGUCUUCCGCGGCCACGACGGCGGCCUGCGCGUCUUCCGGCCCGACCGCAACUGCGCCCGCAUGAACAUGUCCGCCGGCCGCAUCUCCCUGCCCACCUUUCCGCCCGCCGAGCUGCAGAAGCUCAUCAUGGCCCUCCUGGAAGUGGACGGCCCGCGGUGGCUGCCGCGCGACCAGCCCGGCCGCUUCUUGUACCUGCGCCCGACGCUGAUCGGCACCCAGUCGCAGCUGGGCGUGCAGGCGCCGCGCGAGGCGCUGCUGUACGUCAUCGUCACGUACAUGCCGCGCAUGGACAGCCCGCCGGGCGGCAUGCGCCUGCACACGUCGCCCGAGGACAUGGUGCGCGCGUGGGUCGGCGGCUUCGGCUACGCAAAGGUCGGCGCCAACUACGGCCCGUCGCUGCUGGCCACCGCCGACGCCCGCCGAAGGGGAUACCACCAGAUUUUGUGGCUGUACGGGCCCAACGGCGAGUGCACCGAGGCCGGCGCGUCCAACUUCUUCGUACUGUGGAAGCGCAAGAGCGAUGGCAAGAAGGAGCUGAUCACGGCGCCGCUGGACGACAAGCUGAUCCUGGAUGGCGUGACGCGUCGCUCGGCGGUCGAGCUGGCCCGCGAGAGACUGGCCGGCGAGGUCGAGGUCACGGAGCGCAAGUACACUAUUGACGAGCUUGUUGAGGCUGACGCCGAGGGCCGCAUCCUCGAGUCCUUCGCCGCCGGCACCGCGUACUUCAUCUGCCCCGUCUCCCAGAUCCACCACCGCGACCAGGACAUCAACAUCCCCAUGGGACCGGAGGGCAAGGCCGGCGAGGUCACCACCAAGAUCAAGACCUGGAUCGGCGACAUCAUGUACGGCAACGUCUCUCACAAGUGGGGUGUCGUCGUCAAUGAAAAGGCUCAGUAA